AGGAGUAACAAUAAUUAAUAAAUAACAAGAAAGGAAGUUACAAGCCCGCAGAGUGUCGACGAUCCCCGAUUACCAGGCGCUUUGCAAAGUGCCUUUGAAUAACAAAUAUGCCAGAUAGAUUUCAAGUCACAAAAGCAGACGAAGACACCGUAUUGGAUUAUCAUCAAGAUGAAGCAAGUGGAAAGCUUUUGGGAGAUAUCCACGAUGAAACACUAGACUCAGGUGAUAUCCACAGGGCUGAAGAAAACCAGAAGUCUAAUAUCGACCCAAAUCUCUAUCUAUACGAUGAUGAUUUGGCGACCAGGCCCCAUAUAUCAACAUUCAUUUCAUCAAUUGCCAAUUAUGAAAACACGAUACCAGCGGCCACUGAUCCCGAUGCAAAGCCACCAGCACCAUCGGCGCGAAUGGGUACCCUAAUUGGAGUGUUCUUGCCAUGCAUUCAAAAUAUCUUUGGAGUAAUAUUGUUCAUUCGGUUAACAUGGGUUGUCGGUACGGCUGGCGCAAUAUGUGGAUUCUUAAUUGUAUUGACCUGCUGCUGUGUGACGAUGCUAACGGCGAUCUCGAUGUCAGCUAUUGCAACAAAUGGAGUAGUGCCGGCGGGAGGGAGUUACUUCAUGAUAUCACGAUCCCUUGGACCUGAAUUUGGCGGUGCGGUGGGAAUGCUGUUCUAUACAGGCACCACACUGGCAGCGGCGAUGUACAUUGUUGGUGCUGUUGAGAUUGUAUUGACAUAUAUGGCACCUUGGGCAUCGAUCUUUGGGGACUUCACAAAGGAUGCCGAUGCCAUGUACAAUAACUUCCGGGUCUACGGCACAGUAUUGCUCAUUUUUAUGGGCUUAAUUGUGUUCGUGGGCGUCAAGUUUGUCAAUAAGUUUGCCACGGUGGCACUGGCCUGUGUAAUACUCUCAAUCAUAGCAGUGUAUGUCGGUAUUUUUGACAAUAUUCAUGGCAACGAAAAGCUAUACAUGUGUGUCCUUGGAAAGCGACUUCUGAAGGACAUUCCCAUAGACAAUUGUACAAAGGAUGACUCAUUCAUGCGCGAUAUAUAUUGCCCGAAUAACCGUUGCGAUGAUUACUACCUAAAUAAUAAUGUGUCGAAAGUGAAGGGCAUCAAAGGACUUGCCAGCGGCGUUUUCUAUGAUAAUAUCUUCCCCUCGUUUUUGGAGAAAGGACAGCUUAUAUCGUAUGGCCACGAUUCGAUUGACAUUGAGAACAUCGGAAACGAAUCUUACAAUCAAAUUAUGGCCGAUAUAACCACUACCUUUACGCUGCUUAUCGGCAUCUUCUUCCCAUCGGUCACAGGCAUCAUGGCUGGAUCCAAUCGCUCGGGCGACCUUGCUGAUGCCCAGAAAAGUAUACCAAUAGGAACGAUAUGUGCCAUCCUGACAACCAGCACUGUUUACUUGUCCAGCGUCUUGUUCUUCGCCGGCACAGUGGACAAUCUUCUGCUGAGAGACAAAUUUGGACAAUCGAUCGGCGGAAAACUGGUCGUUGCAAAUAUCGCCUGGCCAAACCAAUGGGUUAUACUGAUUGGGUCGUUCCUAUCGACCCUUGGAGCUGGACUACAAAGUUUGACUGGCGCCCCCCGUUUGCUCCAAGCAAUAGCCAGAGAUGAAAUCAUACCAUUUUUGGCGCCGUUUGCAAAGUCCUCCAAACGCGGAGAACCCACCCGAGCUCUGCUUCUGACUAUAGUCAUUUGCCAGUGCGGCAUUCUCCUAGGUAAUGUGGAUUUGCUGGCGCCGUUGCUAUCCAUGUUCUUCCUCAUGUGCUACGGAUUCGUAAAUUUGGCUUGCGCCGUACAAACUUUACUCAGAACACCGAAUUGGAGACCGCGCUUUAAGUUUUAUCACUGGAGCUUAUCCCUGAUAGGCCUGACGCUCUGCAUAUCAGUCAUGAUCAUGACUUCCUGGUAUUUUGCUCUGCUUGCUAUGGGAAUGGCCGUCGUCAUAUACAAAUAUAUAGAAUACCACGGAGCCGAGAAGGAGUGGGGUGAUGGCAUUCGUGGAAUGGCGCUCACUGCCGCGAGGUUCUCCCUUCUCCGUCUAGAGGAAGGCCCACCGCAUACGAAAAAUUGGCGUCCGCAAAUCUUGGUGCUUUCGAAGCUCAACGACAACCUCUUGCCAAAGUAUAGGAAAAUAUUCUCCUUUGCUACUCAGCUAAAAGCUGGCAAAGGAUUGACAAUUUGUGUGUCUGUUUUAAAAGGCGACCACACAAAAAUUGCAAACAAAGCCGUCGACGCAAAAUCCACAUUGCGGAAGUACAUGACCGACGAGAAGGUAAAGGGAUUCUGUGAUAUUUUGGUGGCGCAACAGAUCGGAGAAGGUCUAAGUUCAGUCAUCCAAACAAUUGGCCUGGGGGGAAUGAAGCCAAACACAGUCAUCAUUGGCUGGCCGUAUAGCUGGAGGCAAGAGGGCCGGAAUAGCUGGAGGACUUUUAUCCAAACAGUGCGAACAGUGGCUGCCUGCCACAUGGCUCUGAUGGUGCCAAAGGGAAUCAACUUCUAUCCAGAAUCAAACCACAAAAUUGGUGGCAAUAUUGAUAUUUGGUGGAUAGUCCACGACGGAGGUUUGCUUAUGCUGCUGCCAUUCUUGCUAAAACAACAUCGCACAUGGCGUAACUGCAAGCUACGCAUCUUCACAGUUGCUCAAAUCGAGGACAACUCGAUUCAAAUGAAGAAAGAUCUUAAGACAUUCCUGUACCACCUUCGAAUUGAAGCCGAUGUUGAAGUGGUUGAAAUGAAUAACAGCGACAUUUCUGCGUAUACCUAUGAGAGAACACUCAUGAUGGAACAGCGCAAUCAGAUGCUGAGAGCAUUAGGUUUAAAUAAAAAAGAGAACUCCAAAGUGGUUCAGACUAUAAUGGAUUUUAAGGAAACACCCAGUGAUAAUAAAUUGUCUUUGGUCCAAACAAUUGUAGACCACCAUUAUGACGCCACCAGAACGGCGUCGAAAGUUCGGUUUGCCGAUCCAACUAUAGAAGAAACACAGAAUCACGAGUCUCAUAACGAUGAGAAACGUAACUCAAUUGAUUCGGACGGUCCCGAAGAGACGGACGCUCCCGAAGCUACUUCUAAAAAGGAUGAAUCGACAGAGAAAGCCGACAGCAAAUUCAAGUCCAAUGUGAAACCGGACGAGUUCAAUGUUCGUCGCAUGCACACAGCAAUAAAACUGAACGAGGUUAUUGUGGAAAAGUCACAGGAUGCCCAGUUGGUCAUCAUGAAUUUACCAGGACCACCUAGGGAAGUGAAAGCGGAGCGUGAAAGCAAUUAUAUGGAAUUUCUGGAAGUAUUAACAGAGGGUCUUGAAAAAGUGUUAAUGGUUCGUGGUGGAGGCCGCGAGGUUAUAACAAUUUACUCUUAAGAGCAUUAAUCGCUCAGUUUUAUAAGAGUUCGCAACACUAGACAAGUUUAAGAAUCAAUCAAAUUUUUAAAAGAAGGUUAUUAAUUUGUUAUAUUCAAUCAUAUGUCCAAAUGUUUUAUUUUUACGU